AUGGCCACUGUAGAAAGCUAUCUGUACUUCGUGAGUAGCAUCUACACAAUUACCAAGUAUUCAAACGAUCAUCAGCACCUGAUGAAAAUUCUCAUUACCCUGGGAUCGGCAGUGCAGACCGAUUGGUAUGCUGCGUAUUUUUUCCUGCUCAUUUUAUUUUUUCAACUUACCUUAUACUUCUUAAUCGGACACUAUGUAGAGCUGAAGGUGGAUGAAAUGUACGACACCAUCAACUCAGUGCCAUGGUACAAGCUCCCGGUUAGCAAUCAGAAAGAGUUUGUCUUUCUUCUCAGCCGCCAACAAUGUCCACUAACUCUGAUGAUUUAUGGAUUCGCACCGCUGAACUUUACGACUUACAUGACUGUUCUACGAGGGCUGUAUCAGUUUUUCGUUCUUAUUAUGCAGUACGUCAGUUAA